AUGAAAGAUCUGCGUUCAGAUGAUAAUGAAGAUGAAUCAGAUGAAGCAGAUGAGAAGGACAAUGAUUCUGAGUUGGAACGACCUGUAAAUAUGCGAGGAGGAAGCAGGAGUCGCAGGGUUAGUCUGAGUGAUGGCAGUGACAGUGAUAGCAGUGCAGCUUCCUCACCACUACAUCAUGAACCAGCACCAACUUUACUGAAAACCAACAACAACCAGGUUUUAGAAGUGAAAAGCCCAAUAAAGCAAAACAAAUCUGAUAAGCAAAUAAAGAAUGGGGAUUGUGAUAAGAUAGUAAAUCUUAUAGAAGAAACUGGACACUUUCAUAUCACAAAUACAACCUUUGACUUUGAUCUUUGCUCACUGGACAAAACCACAGUCCGUAAACUGCAGAGUUACCUGGAAACAUCUGGAACCUCCUGA